UAUGUUAAAACCAACUUACCCGGAGAGUCAUCGAUGCUAAGGAUGCCUGUGCAUGAGUGAGCUUGUUUUCCUGAAGAACAGUUUCCAAGAAGGUCUCCAGAGAAGGGUCUGCACAGAUGCCACUGCACCAGAGAGGCCUUUUCCAUCGGCCACCUGCAAGGUACCCAAGCGAGGACAGGAAUAAUGAAGGGAUGCGUGUGUUAGCUGCAGCCCUGUGAACUACGCGGGAAGGAAGUCAACAGUGUGGACAGAGCUGGGGCCGUCACCACGCUUGCCUGUUGGAAUAAAUGAGGAAUGGGCUUGUGAUUAUGCUGACAUUCCAGCAUGAAUCUGGUAGACCUGUGGUUAACCCGUUCCCUCUCCAUGUGUCUCCUCCUCCAAAGUUUUGUUCUUAUGAUACUGUGCUUCCAUUCUGCCAGUAUGUGUCCCAAGGGCUGUCUUUGUUCUUCCUCUGGGGGUUUAAACGUCACCUGUAGCAAUGCAAAUCUCAAGGAAAUACCUAGAGAUCUUCCUCCUGAAACAGUCUUACUGUAUCUGGACUCCAAUCAGAUCACAUCUAUCCCCAAUGAGAUUUUUAAGGACCUCCAUCAGCUAAGGGUUCUCAACCUGUCCAAGAACGGCAUUGAGUUUAUUGAUGAGCACGCCUUCAAAGGAGUCGCCGAAACUCUGCAGACUCUGGACUUGUCUGACAACCGGAUUCAGAGCGUGCACAAAAAUGCCUUCAAUAACUUGAAGGCCAGGGCCCGAAUCGCUAACAACCCCUGGCACUGUGACUGUACCCUGCAGCAGGUUCUGAGGAGCAUGGCGUCCAACCACGAGACCGCCCAUAACGUGAUCUGCAAGACUUCCGUGCUGGACGAGCACGCCGGCAGACCGUUCCUCAAUGCUGCCAAUGAUGCUGACCUCUGUAACCUCCCUAAGAAAACGACUGAUUAUGCCAUGCUGGUCACCAUGUUUGGCUGGUUCACCAUGGUGAUCUCCUACGUGGUGUAUUACGUGAGGCAAAACCAGGAGGAUGCACGAAGACACCUUGAGUACUUGAAAUCCCUGCCGAGCAGGCAAAAGAAGGCAGAUGAACCCGAUGACAUUAGCACCGUGGUGUAGUGUCCACACCGACUGGCACUGACCAAGAAAUCCCUUUGCAACUGCAGUAGAAUAAGUGGUUUAAUUCUCUCAUCCAUUGUAAACAUUUAAAACUUUGUCUCUCGGUUUCUUCCGAAUUAUGCCACUGUUGAACUUUUAACAAACAUGACAACCUAACAAAUCAUUUUAGUUUAGGUGACCCACCCCUUAAUUGUACCCCUGGUGGUAUAUUCCUGAGUAAGCUACUCUCUCUCGACGUUAGUUAGAUCCAUCUCACUAUUUAAUAAUGAAAUUUAUUUUUUUAAUUUGAAACCAAAUAAAAGCUUAACUUUGAACCAUGGAAAA